CCGCGCCCCGUCACCAAGUUGUCUCCCAUAACCUACAGCUCACUCUAAAAUAUGGAGACACUUUUAUUCUUGUUACUCACUAUGUUGUUGAUGGUGAGGAACUGUGCGGACGGUACCUACAGGGGAGCUUUAGCGGAACAGGUGGGCGAGGUGGUUGGCCAGGUGGUGGAGCAGCAUCUGUCUGACUGUCACUUGGUGCUGGUAGACACAACAACACAAAGCCCAGUGUUUUCCACGAUGAUCAGACAGCUAAUGAGAAGUGGACUAGGUGUGACAGUGUUAGAGGCAUGGUGGGUGUUCUUUCAGAGUCAACCUGCCAGAGAUUUUCUCCUGGAGAGGCUGUGGGGAGAUGCUACCCUCACUUGCUGUGCCCUCCUCAUUCAUCUUGACAACAAAAUCAGCAGUAACAUCUUAACGUUUAAGUUCCUGGAGUGGUGUGAGCUAUGGCGCCACCCACAGACAGUGGUGGUGGCUGUGGGUGGGACUGCAGGGAUGGAGGCUGUCCUUCUCGAUCAAAAUCUUCGUAAUACCGUCUAUGCCCUCUACUUGACCCUCCAGAACCUUACUCUCCACAGCCUUGACAGUCGCCAGGGACCACUACACAACACAAGGCUCGGGAGGGGUGGUACCACGAAAGGUAAGGAUGCGCACGUGAGGGUGUACGGGCGAUGUCUGUACUGCAACAAGGGUGAUGCUCAGGUCCAACUUCUCCACCGGGGGAACCUGACCUCCGGCCUCCACGGCUUCAACCUCUUCCCAGAUCAAAUGGAUAACUUUUGGGGCCACACAUUCCGCGCUGUUACCCUACGUUACAUGCCCUUCAUCAACUACGAGCAGGACGGAGCAGAACCAGGCACCCCAAGAACUCCCCUGGACUCCCUUAAUAUCCGCAUGCUGGACAUCAUCGCUUCUCACUUCAACUUCACGUAUGAGAUACGUGAGCCUUGGGAUAGGAACUGGGGUACUCCGGCUGGUGGUGGUAACUGGACGGGGAUUGUGGGCACCCUCCAGCACGAGCAGGCUGACUUCUCCCUCGACCUAACAGUCACAGCAUCAAGAAGCCUCGUCGUCGACUACUCCAGGGUCUACAGCAACGACCCCAUAGUUAUUAUCACCCUCAAGCCCGCACCUCUACCGCGGAACCUGGCGCUCACCAGGCCAUUUGAAGGGGAAGUUUGGAUGUCGGUCAUUGUGUGUACCUUAGCCCUUGGAAUCAUUCUGUGGCUACAGCAGAAGGUGUGGUCAUGGGCGGCGAGUGGGCGUAGCGUCAGGCUGAUACCCGCCUUUUUAAACAGCUGGGCGAUGCUACUGAUGGAACCUGUAGAAACCAUACCCACCAACACAACUGGCCAGGUCCUGGUUGGGUGGUGGUUGUUGUCGUGUGUGAUCAUCACCACAGCCUACCGCUCCUCCCUCAUCGCCCACCUCUCCGUCCAGAGUAAGUACCCGCCCAUUAACACCUUCCAGGAUCUCCUCAACCUAGAUGGCUGGUCCUGGGGUUCUACAGACUUACAAGGAACUUUUUUUCUUUACUUCAAUGAAAGUUCCGAUCCUGAUCUCCAAGCAAUAUUAAGAGGCAUAGAGAUUUACGAGAUGGAUAAGGGUUUGGAACGAGUGAUGCAGGGUGGAUUCUCCUUCAUUCACAUCCAGUCAUACGUGACGACGGAGAUGGCUCGUCUUUACACCGACAAGUUUGGCAACACACCUUUGUACAUCGGCAUCAUGAAAUAUCUUGCAUUCGGUGGCAACGCCUGGGGCUUCAGAAAAGGAGCUCCAUUUACGAGACAGAUCAGCAUGAUGAAAGAGCGACUGAUCGAGGCGGGCCUACUGAACCUUUGGCAAGAUGACGUGCUGAAGACCUACCUUAAACACAGCAGGGAGGAACGAGGCAGGGAGGACCCUCUGCUAUUUACCGGUGAGAACUCGGGUCAAGUGGUGCUGGGCCUGGACCACCUGCAGGGUGCCUUCUACCUGCUGCUACUGGGUUGCUGCCUCGCCCUUCUAGUGGAGAUCUUCAGUUACUUCUGCUACAAAAAAAACAAGAAUGACGUUUCGGCGUCCUAAUAAGCCGACAGACUUGACUGAGCGCAUUAAGAUAGUGUACAUGUGGAUGGACGGGAUGACCUGCCGUUCCAUUGCACGAGCAACAGGUAAGAGUGCAUCGACUGUGUGCAGGUGGAUCAAACGCUGGAAACGAGAAGGUCACGUCAACACAAGACCUCGUAGUGGCAGACCUCUUAAAGUCAUGAAAAAGCACAAUACCACCAUCACUCCCUCAGUGUCUAGAUCUCCGUUGGCCUACAAAAAUGACUCCUACCCUCUAUACUAUUAGUGCAGAUCACAUCGUGCAGACAAUCAGCCCUCAUCUUCCUG